GUAUAGGGGAAAGCGAACGGCAGCCUGUCUGUCCACUGCCCUUCACCACGCCCAGCACUUCUGCAGCGUUGACAGCGACAACAUCAGACUCGCUGCCUUCGAGUACCUUGAAGCUCACAUAAACAGCGCUUCUGUUGGAGCUGUAAAGGGCAGCGCGCAGAAUGUCAGGCCCUCCAGCACAGCUAUUAACUGUUUCUGCUCGGACGGAAGCGUCUGGUGUAUAAUGCAGUGCAGCACUGAUGCCGUGACAUCCAUACGAAGAGAAGCAUUACGCUUAACUCACUCGUUAAGGGAUAUUCUUAUUAGCCAUAAUAAGGAUACUGAGCAAACGGCAAAACGCGUCAAAAUAGAAGAGUCAGCAACUUCUACCGGCCCAGGCUUGGCCGUUCCUCCCACCAGCAGCAAUGAAGCGAGUGUUGUACUGGAGAGCUCAACAGCAAUUGUUGGUAGCGGAACCAAGGCGGUGGGUGAACAUCUCCGUGAAACUGAUGCAUGCAGCGUGGGGUUGGUGCAAUGCAAGAUAAACCAACUGAAUAACAAUUCGACCAGUGACGAUGCUGGUCACCAAUUGCUGGUAUCGUGUCGGACAAAUGCCGAGGUUGAAAGAACCCUUGAUGACCGUAUUGAAGACAGCAGGCAAAAUGAUGAUAAUGGCACGCUGACGAACGCCGCGGCCUCCAGCGAAGUGGAUGCCAUCCUUGAAGCGGUGCUGGAUUAUCCCGACCGUCUCACACUUAGCGCUCUGUGCCGGACACGCGAUGUCGUUUCGUUGCUGCCAAGCGACCGUCCGCAAACUCCAGCGGUGAGCGUCGAGAAAUUUCUUCACUUCAGUGAAAAUUUGGCAACCGCGGAGAGUGACGCCGAGCGAGCGAACCGUGAAGUUCUGGAACUUCUGGAAGACAUAGAACUUCAGGUGCGGCGGCGAAAGAUAGAGAAAGUUGAACUUGAAUACAGCGAGCCAACUCACCUUACAAUGGACUGUUACUAGUAAACAACUUCUGACUGGAAUUAUCGGUGCGUUGUCUGCUGAUUAAAUAUGUACAUUAGACAGUCUGAUGAUUAUUUCAAUUUAUUUGUUAACCGUGUUUCAUACUUACAAUUUUUAUUGGCAUUUAA